CAUCUUAAAAGUUAAAACCAAAAUAGCCCCAACCUAAACGCGCGCGUUUCCAAACCUAGCCAUCUAGGGUUUAUCAAAUUGAGCAAAACGCAAACUGAAAUCAGAAAUCAAACCUCUCACUCACUAUCUCUCCAACACACGAAAUCAAACCUCUCACUCACUAUCUCUCCAACACACGAAAUCGAACCUCUCACCCAUCGUCUCUCUAAUACUCAUAGCCCUAAUUUCAAUGCCAGUGUGAGAAACACAUAAACCCAAGUUCCAGUUAGAGCGACAAAUGACGAAGGUGUACGGAACUGGAGCCUACGACUUCAAGCGCCACCGAGUCGCUGAGUACCCAGUCGACUCACUUGUCGAACAACCGGUUCCCGAGUCGAAAUCCGGUUCCAAUUUGCCGAGCUCGAUAACCCUAAGCGAGAUUCAGCGCGACCAGCUGACGAAGAUCGCGGCGGCGAAUUGGUUGAAAGCGGGGGUCGAUGCGGCGAAGAAGGCCUUUAGUCCGGAGCUGGUGAAGGAGAUAUACGAGACGGAGUUGUUGGUGAAAGAGGGGCAAAAGACGGUGCCGUUGCAGAGGGUGAUGAUUUUGGAAGUGAGUCACUACUUGGAGAACUACCUGUGGCCGAAUUUUGAUCCGGAGACCGCUACGUUCGAGCAUGUGAUGUCGAUGGUACUCAUGGUCAAUGAGAAGUUUCGAGAGAAUGUGGCAGCUUGGAUGUGUUUCUAUGACAAGAAAGAUAUGUUCAAGGCAUUUAUUGAAAAGAUUCUUCGUCUAAAAGAGGAAAGAAGCUUAAGUAUUGCAGAGAAGACCAGUUACCUGCUUUUCAUGAUAAAUGCUUUCCAGAGCUUGGAAGAUGAGAUAGUUAGCGAAACUGUUAUGAGAUUAGCAAGUCUGCAGUGCUGGCAUAGUCUAUCUUAUGGUCGUUUUCAGAUGGAGCUUUGUCUUAAUCCAGAUCUGAUCAGGAAAUGGAAAAGGGUGACAAAGAAAGAGGCCAAGGCAAUGAAACGGGGAGAGUCUUUCGAUCCCUCAACCAUGCUUGAAGUAAAGUUCUUGAGAAAUCUCAUUGAGGAGUUUCUGGAGGUUCUUGAUUCCAAGAUUUUUCCUCACGAUGAGGAUGAUGAAGGAGCUGGUGUAAAUGGUUUUGAACAAGUUGAUGAUGCUUGCAUCUUGUACUGUGAGAGGUUUAUGGAGUUUCUUAUUGAUCUGCUGAGCCAACUGCCAACGAGAAGAUUUGUAAGGCCUCUUGUUGCUGAUGUAGCUGUUAUUUCUAAGUGCCAUUUAAGUGCUCUUUAUAUCCAUGAGAAGGGGAAACUGUUCGCCCAACUGGUUGACUUGCUACAGUUCUAUGAAGGUUUUGAGAUUAAUGAAAAUUUUGGGAGGCAAUUGACUGAUGAUGAGGUGCUCCAAUCUCAUUAUGACCGCCUCCAGUCCUUCCAGCUACUUGCGUUUAAGAAGAUUCCAAAGUUGCGAGAACUUGCAUUGGCUAAUGUUGGUGCAAUUCACAAGCGCACUGAUCUCUCAAAGAAACUGUCUGUACUUUCCCUCGAAGAGUUGAGGGAUUUGGUCUGCUGUAAGCUCAAGCUGGCACCGAAGAACGAUCCAUGGUCAGAAAGAGUUGAUUUUCUUGUUGAAGUGAUGGUUUCCUUUUUUCAGAAACAACAGUCUCAGAAGGAAGCCAUAAAUGCUCUUCCACUUUACCCAAAUGAGCAGAUUAUGUGGGAUGAAAGCCUUGUUCCAAGCAUCAACUAUUCUGGGGAAGGAUGUUUGGCGCUCCCGAAACUUAAUUUACAAUUUCUAACACUUCAUGAUUAUCUUCUUAGAAAUUUCAACCUCUUCCGUCUUGAAUCGACAUAUGAAAUUCGCGAGGAUAUCCGGGAAGCUGUGCCUCACCUUCUUGCUUGCGUUAAUAAUGAGGGAGAAACUGCUUUUCGUGGUUGGUCAAGAAUGGCUGUGCCAAUUAAGGAAUUUAAAAUUACAGAAGUAAAGCAACCAAACAUUGGAGAAGUCAAACCGUCAUCUGUCACAGCUGAAGCUACUUUCAGUAUUUCCAGUUAUAAAGCACAAAUAAGAUCAGAAUGGAAUGCUCUGAAAGAGCACGAUGUUUUGUUUUUACUUUCUAUUCGUCCUUCCUUUGAGCCUCUAAGUGCAGAGGAAGCCACAAAAGCAACUGUACCCCAAAAUCUUGGUCUUCAAUAUGUACGUGGAUGUGAAGUUAUUGAGAUGCGUGAUGAAGAGGGAACUCUAAUGAAUGACUUUACGGGUAGAAUCAAACGAGAUGAGUGGAAGCCUCCAAAAGGUGAUCUGAGAACCGUGACUGUUGCUCUAGAUACUGCACAAUAUCAUAUGGAUGUCAGUGAUAUUGCAGAGAAAGGUGCUGAUGAUGUCUAUCGCACAUUUAAUAUAUUAAUGAGGAGGAAACCUAAGGAAAACAAUUUCAAAGCAAUUUUAGAAUCCAUAAGAGAUUUAAUGAAUGAAACUUGUAUUGUUCCUGAUUGGCUGCAUGACAUAUUUUUGGGCUAUGGGAAUCCUUCUGCUGCACAAUGGACUAACAUGCCUGAUCUUCUGGAGACGGUAGAUUUUAAAGAUACCUUUCUUGAUGCUGAUCAUGUCAGAGAGAGCUUUUCAGAUUAUCAGGUUAGCUUUAUUAAUUCAGAUGGCACAGAAAACUUGCAGCCGAGGCCACCUUUUCAAAUUAAGCUUCCCAGGAAUCUGAAAGGCAACACUCAUGCUCUUCCUGGGAAUAAGAAGUCUACCUUAGCUUCAAUGGAUAACGACAGUACUAUGGGUGCCAGUUCUGAUAAAGAACUUAUUGUUGAGGCCUAUAUCCCUCCUGACCCAGGUCCAUAUCCCCAGGAUCAACCAAAACAGAACUCAGUUAGAUUUACUCCCACACAGAUUGGAGCAAUCAUCUCUGGUAUUCAGCCAGGAUUAACUAUGGUUGUGGGUCCACCUGGCACAGGAAAGACUGAUACAGCUGUGCAAGUGUUGAAUGUACUUUAUCAUAAUUGUCCUUCUCAGAGAACAUUAAUAAUUACUCAUUCAAAUCAGGCUUUGAAUGACCUUUUUGAGAAGAUAAUGGAGAGGGAUGUUCCUGCUCGAUAUCUUCUUCGGCUUGGCCAAGGGGAGCAAGAGCUAGCCACUGAUCUCGACUUCAGCCGUCAGGGGCGAGUGAAUGCAAUGCUUGUUCGACGGUUAGAACUGCUUGGUGAAGUAGAGAGGCUUGCAAGAUCUCUCCAACUUCCCGAGGAUGUAGGUUAUACUUGUGAAACUGCUGGGUACUUUUGGUUGCUUCAUGUUUACUCGCGAUGGGAGCAAUUCAUAGCUACUUGUGGUAAGAAUCAAGAUAAACCAACUUUUGUUCAGGACCGUUUUCCCUUUAAGGAGUUCUUUUCUAACACACCUCAGCCAGUUUUUACGGGCCAGUCCUUUGAGAAAGAUAUGCGAGCAGCCAAGGGCUGCUUUCGACAUCUUAAAAAUACAUUCCAAGAGCUUGAAGAGUGUAGGGCAUUUGAAUUGCUCAAAUCAACGGUCGAUCGAUCGAAUUACUUAAUGACCAAACAGGCAAAGAUUGUUGCAAUGACUUGCACCCAUGCAGCUCUAAAAAGGAAGGAUUUUCUUCAGGUAGGAUUCAAGUAUGACAACUUGUUGAUGGAAGAAAGUGCUCAGAUUUUGGAGAUUGAAACUUUCAUCCCAAUGUUACUCCAGAGGCAGGAAGAUGGCUAUGCUCGGCUUAAACGCUGCAUAUUAAUUGGUGAUCAUCACCAGUUGCCUCCUGUUGUGAAGAAUAUGGCUUUCCAGAAAUACAGUCACAUGGAUCAGAGCCUAUUCACAAGGUUUGUUCGCUUGGGAAUUCCUUACAUUGAGCUCAAUGCCCAGGGUAGAGCCCGGCCAAGUAUAGCCAGGCUUUACAAUUGGAGGUACAGAGGUCUUGGAGACCUUCCAUAUGUAAAGGAAGGAUCUAUCUUCCAUAGAGCAAAUGCUGGAUUCUCCUAUGACUAUCAGUUGGUGGACGUUCCUGAUUACCAUGGGAGAGGUGAGACUGCCCCGUCUCCUUAUUUCUAUCAAAAUGAGGGGGAGGCUGAAUAUAUUGUCAGUGUCUAUAUAUACAUGCGUUUAUUGGGGUACCCUGCAAAUAAGAUAUCCAUCUUGACAACUUAUAAUGGACAAAAAUUUCUGAUCCGUGAUGUUAUUAGCAGAAGGUGCGUCCCAUAUGACUUCAUUGGUCCACCAAACAAGGUUACCACAGUUGAUAAGUUUCAAGGUCAGCAAAAUGAUUUUAUUUUACUGUCUCUUGUGCGUACUCACUUUGUGGGCCAUCUUCGUGAUGUUAGAAGAUUGAUUGUUGCCAUGUCUCGUGCUCGACUGGGGCUUUAUGUUUUUUGUCGUCGUUCUCUGUUUGAACAAUGCUAUGAACUGCAGCCUACAUUUCAACUCCUGCUACAGAGACCUGAUCAUCUUGCCCUAAAUUUGAAUGAGGUCACACCAUUUACACAUCGCCAUGUCGAAGACAUUGAACCAAUUACACUUGUCAAUGGCAUUGAAGAGAUGGCUAGCAUUGUCAAUUAUAAAAUAAAUCUGGUGUAUCAGGCACGAUUGGUGGCCCAUCAUCAGUUUGAUCAGUUUUCAGCUCAUCCGGGACAAGAAGUUCCAUCAACGGGGGAAUCUCAGGAAAAUGUUGAUGGUGUCGCAAAUGAGGACGUGUCAGCCGAACCUACUCAAAUGGAAACUCUUGUAAAUCAAAAUGGAGAUAUGCCACUUGAGAGCCAUCCAAAUGGGGAAGCAAAUGAGUCGGCCCUUGUGGAUGACAAAAAGGGCAUGGCACCUGAAGAAGACAAGAUGGAAGAGUAGUCUGAUUGGGACUGCUCAUCUGGAGUUCUGUACAACUGAGAAACCCAUAAUGAUGAUCAUUUGAUGCCAUUGAGGGAGCAAUCAAGUUCAAGCCAAGCCCUUACUUGACCAUAGCAUUGUUGUCAUCUGAGUUGACACAGUGAGGUUUGGGAUCAAAAGGCAUGAGAAUUGAUAUUUUAUGACCAAAAGCUUAUAAGCCAAUGGGGGGUUUAUGUCGAUCUCAUUUCCUGCCAUGAGUAUUUUCUUGUGCUUGUUUUUAGAUGAUACAUGGAAAUAUUGUAAAAAAGAAAAAGAAAAUUGAUUGUAUGCAAAACUGGAGGUUCUUGACAUUUUCAAUUGGAGUGUAUAUCUUCAUACGUUUA